AUGCAACAACCGGUCAGUUAAUUUUUCUAUUAAAUUUUUUCCAACUUUUUGAGUUCUCGGUCUUUAAAAGCUAACAGUAGCUCUUUUUUGUCGCAGUAAUUAUUCCUCACCCUGUAAAAACUUCAAGAAAGUAAUUUUACUUUGAGGUUCCUCUAUAAUUUCGCUGUUAGGAACUUUCUGAAAAGGAGCCAGAACAGUUUAGAUGCAUCAAAAAAAGAGUUCGAUGCUCUUAACUCGCACAGUUUUUUAGUUUUUGAAAAAUGAAGGCGGAAAGCCUCACCAAAACUUAUUUUGAAGGAUUUUGAGCGUUCUUAGGACUUCUGGGUUUGCUUUCUCAAAAGCUCGAAUAAUUUACAGUUUGAAAUUUUCACGACCUCCCUCUUUUUGUGGUAUAGUGUGUGUACCACGAAUUGAAAUUCCACCUAACGACAUUCCGCUGUGCCGCUGUGCGCUUUGCGAACUUUGGUCGCGCUUUUAAUUUUUUUUCUUUUAUUGAGGUACCCACAGCAAUAACAAUCAGUUGAAAGCAUGACCUAAAUUUGAAAGACGCUUCACGAAAACACGCAGCGGAACAGCGGAAUGUCGUUCGGUGAGACUUCAAGUCGUGGCUCACAUAUUAUACAUUGAAAAUUCUUCCGGCCAUUCUAGAGAUUUCCUGUUUGCAUAGGAAAAUAUUUUUUCUCGUUAAAACAGUGAGAAUUGUUUAUUGAUCACAAAGAUAUAUUUUAGUCCCAAGUCUGAAUUCAAUGAAACUCGACUGAACUUUGCACUUGGACCUUCUGGUUUCAGAACGAGAAAAAAUUCGCAAAACAUUUUUUCUCGAUAUAUGACCCUUAUAGUUCACAAAAAAACAAGAAUCAUAAUUUUUUUGUUCAAUUACUUCAAAACCUCCCUCAAUGGUGCAAAGAAAAAGGCUAGAUUUCCUCCUUGAACUCUUUUAGCAGUUCUGAACCCGUUCAUUAAAUGGGAAAUCCAAUGCGACUUUUUUUCAAGAUUCACACAGUAAUCCUUUUUUUACUUUUUUUGAGAACAAAAAUUAUAUAUAUUAUAAAAAAAUUUUGAUUCUAGGCUGAGAUUUGCGUUUUUCUUCAUGAAUUGCGAGAAAUUGCAGGCUUGAAGAAUUUUUUUAGAAUUCUUACGAUGGUUUUUAUUGAGACUACUCAUUAGAAAGCUGAUGGAAAGUACUAAUUUUUCAGAACUCACAGAGAUCCUGGAUAAAUACUGAAUAUUCGACCGGGAUGCUGGAAAAAUAUUGGAGUGAAAAUUUGAUGCAAAAAGAACAAAAUAGUAACAAAAUGCAACUUUCAUGUAUGUCAUCGGAUGGAAACUGAUUUUUACAGUGGAACCAAGAUGAAGUGGCCCAUUACGAAGGUGGUUACUACAGUCACCUAGUCGAAGACGAAGGCGAUCGGCAGACGGCAAAUGUGCGCGAAAGGAAACGGAUGUGCAACAUCAACGUCGCUUUCAUUGUAAUUAGUCGACAUUUUCGGAUUUCAACAACAACUUUUUUUAUUCCAGGAACUUCGAAACUACAUCCCCACGUUUCCCUUCGAACGUCGUCUCUCCAAAAUCGACACUCUCAAUUUGGCGAUCGCCUACAUCAACAUGUUGGAAGAUGUUUUGAGGCAAGUCAAACCUGAAAAAAAAAUUUUCUGUGAUGAUAUUUAAUCAUAUUUUCCACAAGGUCAAAAAAACUAGUUUCAAAUUUUUUUAUCGAGUUUUACAAAAAAGCUCCUUGAAAAAAAUAACUCAAAUUUCAAAUUCACUUUGGAAUGCGGUAAGGCUGCUUAUUUCCUAUUAUUCGGUAUCUAAAUGAAAGCUUUUGAAUUCACCUGUUUUUUUCUCAAAAUUUUGACUAGAUCUUCUUUUCUAUCCGUCAAAAAACUACCUGAAUUUUUUAAAAGCCAAGAUUUUCGGCCAUUUUCAAGAUCCCUACUUUGCGCGGUCAAUUCCCAUGGCAGUAAAAAAACAGUGACCCAAGAAUUUCGGCUUCUUUCAGAAUUACUAAGGUUUAUGCCACUAUUUUUCAGGGCCUUUUUUCCACAAAAACUAACAGGAAAAAACCAAAACCCGAAAACUUGGGUCAUUGUCAUGAUCAAUAAAGCCUAUGCCACUAUUUCCAUCGGUCUUUUUUCAAAACAACUAACGCAAAAAUCCAAUAGCCUUCAGGUCAUCCAUGGAAUCUGGCAAAUACAUCCGUCGCUGUGUCACUUUGGCUCGUUCUGGUCAUCCUGGCGCUCCGUCCUGGAGCACAAGUGGUUUAAUUUGUAACUAUUCCGAGUAAAAGCUGGGAAAGAUGGCCAAUGUUUUUGUUUUUGCAGACCUUGUCGCUCGUUUGAGCUGGAUCAAAUGGCGACGCCUUGGCCUUGAACCGAUCUCGUAA